AUGCGUCAAAUACUGGACAGGUGCUUACCUUGUCUCGUGGCUUGGUCGUAUGUCCUCGUGUUUUAUUGCCUCGGGAAACCAGAUAUAUCUGAGGAGAAGCCAUUUUCUUCAUUUAACUUCAGUCACUUAAUUAUACAAUAUGUAUCUUUGUGUGGAGUCUCAGCUUUGUGUGAUGUGUCUUCUUUGUCAUUCCUUAAUUUAUCAGAAAUUAAAAUUCCUCAGGGCACGAUACAGGUAUGUCCCAGGUGUUCCUGUGAAGAAAAUUGUUUAACAAAUGCAGAAAAUCCAUGUUGCCCUGACCUUUAUUUUAAAACUGGUGUGCAAUUUUGUCGAUCAAUCGAAGUUACAAACAACAGAGUAAACAAAUAUUUUUAUAUGUUGAUUGAGUCUUGUCCCCUUGAAACCGAUCAAUCUUUAAAGGAAAAUUGCUCAAAAAUAAGAAAACCAUCAGAACGGCUUGUUUUGCCGCUAGUGUCCAGUACGGCAAAUAAUCUGUUAUUUUGGAAUAAAUACUGUGCAAUUUGCCAUAAUAUUUCCUCUUUUCAACCAUGGAGUUUAUUUUUUGAUUGUAAAGAACCAACAGAUUUCAACUAUUUAUCUUCCUAUGAUGAUAUAGUAGACACAGCUAAUAGAGCUGGGUGUUCGAUUGCUUUCCUAGGAAAUGGAAUCGAAUGUGUUGUUGAUGACCUCAACACCCUUAUUUCAAAAUGUAACAUAACCGGAAACUGGGAAAUAUUUGACUUUUCAAUUGAUUUUGCAUGUAGAAGUGCUUUUAACAUGCCGUACAAAAACGUUUUCAAAAAUGUUUUCUGUUAUAUCUGUAAUCCGUCUUCUGUACAACAAAACAGCAGUUUAAAAGUUCAAGAUUGUGCAGAAAUGCCGAUGUUCUAAAAACUCUGUAAAUAUUUUCCGGAAACAGUCACCUUAUCACC